UUUGAAUCGUUAAAAUUCCACAACCACUCAUCAUAAUAAUUCAUCAUGGUAUGUCUGGAACUAGUCACCAUCCUGAUAAAUACUAAUUGACUGUUAAUAGCCUCAAAAUGAGUAUAUGGAAAGAUGGCGCAAGCUUCACGGUCGUCGCCUCGAUCAUGAAGAGAGAUCGCGAAAGAAGGCAGCAAGAGAAGGGCACAAAGCAUCUGAUGAUGCACAGAAAUUGACUGGUCUACGAGCGAAAUUGUAUCAGCAAAAGAGGCGUCAUGAGAAGAUUCAAAUGAAAAAGCAGAUUAAGGCUCACGAAGAACGAAAUGUGAAGUCCUCUGCGCCAAACGAACCAUCGACCACACCCUUGCCUCAAUACUUGCUGGAUCGAUCGAACCCUACCAAUGCCAAGGCAUUGUCAAGCGCAAUUAAGAACAAGAGGGCGGAAAAGGCUGCCAAGUUUAGUGUGCCGUUACCCAAAGUCAGAGGCAUUGCAGAGGAGGAGAUGUUCAAGGUGGUGAAGACUGGAAAGAAGACUGCUAAGAAGAGUUGGAAGCGGAUGAUCACGAAGGUAUGCAUCUUUGAUCUAUCGACGGGUAGAAAUUUCACUCCUUGGGAAGAUGCUAAUUUAAACUUUUUUUUAGCCAACUUUCGUCGGUCCAGACUUCACAAGAAGACCUGUCAAAUAUGAGCGAUUUAUUAGACCCAUGGGUUUGCGUUAUAAGAAGGUAUAGUUUUUCCGGGUGUCCAAAAUUCCAUGAAAAUUCUAACACGUACCAGGCAAACGUUACUCACCCAGAGCUUGGUGUAACCGUGCAACUACCUAUCAUCAGCGUCAAGAAAAACCCACAAAAUCCAAUGUACACACAAUUGGGUGUUCUCACAAGAGGAACUAUCGUUGAGGUCAAUGUAUCUGAUUUAGGUUUGGUCACGGCUGGAGGAAAGGUCGUCUGGGGUAGAUGGGCACAGAUUACCAAUAAUCCCGAAAAUGAUGGAUGCGUCAACGCGUAAGUUCAUAUCCUUGUCUGCACAGCUUACAAAAACUAACAAUUUUAGUGUUCUCCUUGUUUAAAAACUUAACUCUGAUAUCAAAUCUAUAUUUACGCAUGGUGUUCAGGCGUUGGAAAAACGGAAGAUAAAGAAAAGGCUAGUGCAAUCGUCAUUAGAAUUUAAAUGGAGGAGGAUUGUAUGCCCCGUUUGGCCAUCUUGAGAAAACCAAGUGAAGUUAACAUUAUAAUAACAAUUUGUAUUUAAAUGAUUUUGAUACGAAUGUUAGCUCAAGAAACUAUACGAUU